UGUCCAUGCGAGCGCUGGUCCAAGGUGGAGCUUCGUGGACAGGGGCAAUGACUUGCAAGUACCUCUUCUUGGGGCUCGCUGUCUUCUCGUCGCUUGUCCACGUUGUGAUAGAAGCCAGCUCUUGGUGGUCCCUGGGCAUGAAUCACAUGAACCCUAUGAAUCCUGUUCAGAUGCCAGAGGUGUACAUAAUCGGAGCUCAGCCCCUGUGCAGCCAACUGGCGGGGCUCUCUCAAGGACAAAAGAAGCUCUGCCACUUGUACCAGGACCACAUGCAGUACAUUGGCGAGGGCGCAAAGACAGGAAUUAAGGAAUGCCAGUAUCAGUUCCGCCACAGAAGAUGGAAUUGUAGCACUGUGGAUAAUAACUCCGUUUUUGGCAGAGUCAUGCAGAUAGGCAGCCGGGAGACUGCCUUCACAUACGCGGUCAGCGCAGCCGGGGUGGUUAAUGCCAUGAGCCGUGCCUGCCGAGAGGGGGAGCUUUCUUCCUGUGGCUGCAGCAGGGCUUCCAGGCCAAAAGAUCUACCUCGGGACUGGCUAUGGGGUGGCUGUGGGGACAACAUUGACUAUGGCUACCGCUUUGCCAAAGAGUUUGUGGAUGCCCGCGAACGAGAGCGAAUAUACCAGAAAGGAUCUUACGAGAGUGCAAGGAUCUUGAUGAACCUACAUAACAACGAGGCUGGGAGGAGGACGGUAUAUAGCUUAGCCGAUGUGGCCUGCAAAUGUCACGGUGUGUCUGGAUCUUGCAGCUUGAAGACCUGUUGGCUGCAGCUGGCUGACUUUCGCAAGGUCGGCGAUGCUCUGAAGGAGAAAUACGACAGUGCUGCGGCGAUGAAACUCAACACCCGGGGCAAGCUGGUCCAGGUCAACAGCCGCUUCAACCCCCCCACCAUCCACGAUCUGGUGUACAUCGACCCCAGCCCUGAUUACUGUGUGCGCAACGAGAGCACCGGCUCGUUGGGGACCCAGGGCCGGCUCUGCAACAAGACCUCGGAAGGCAUGGGCGGCUGUGAACUGAUGUGCUGCGGCCGAGGCUACGACCAGUUCAAGACGGUGCAGACAGAGCGUUGCCACUGCAAGUUCCACUGGUGCUGCUACGUGAAAUGCAAGAAGUGCACAGAGAUCGUGGACCAGUUUGUCUGCAAAUAGGUGGGGAUGUGGGGGAGGAGCUGUUCUGCUCGACCAGCAGGAGCGAAAUUGCCCCAGAAGGUCUCCGCUCUUAUUUAUAGAGCCCGGUGGGGUGCUUUUCUUGUUUAUAUAUGAAAAACAGAAUCUUUUGCAAAGAGAAAUGAUGGGAAACCUUGCUGCCUCCAGCUCAGACUGUGCAUAGUUUUAUAUAUAUAUUUUUUUGCAAUAAUGGGGGAGAACCUGAGAGAAUAUUUAUUUUACACAAUUGGAAUUAAGACUUUAAAAAAGAGAGAGAGAGAGAAAGUAGGUCAAAGGGAAAUCCACCCUAUCCCCAUAUAGUCUCACAGGACAUAGUACAUAUGCAGUAGAUGAGGUAUCCGUGUUACAUGCUUUGGAUCGGAGCAUGAUCCAUGCGGACUUGGUGACAUACAGAUCUGUGCAUGAUACUUCUUCUUAAGUCUAGUGACCAAAAAGAAUCAAAGCAGUUGGAUACAGCAUUGUUUUUGUAUCAAUCAGGUUUAGUGUGUAUCAAUCAGGUUUAGUGUGAAUCUUCCCCACGUGGAAACGUAGAAGGUCUGGGUGAAAACAUACAUUCCUGAAAGGCACAGCUGUGCUACUAGGUAACGUCAGAAAGCCCAUUUGUUUAACUUGGCAUUUUCCAUCUCUGCUUGGACUACCUGUGAAUAUGCACUGGGGGAAAGAUGCCAACGAGUUUUAGCACAGGGAGAUGCAGUUCUCUCAUCAUCAUCACUCAAGCAGUGCAUUCUCUCAUGAGUAUCGGUAGAAAGACAAAAAUGUUUUCUUUGAAUGGGUUAAGAACCAUUCUUGCCUACAAUAAGUAGCAAACCCAAGAGGAAGCAAUUCCAACUUUGGCUGCACAGCAUAGAUCAAAGCAGAAUUUGGAACAUUGCCACUUCCAGUAAAAUAUGCAUAUCUCAAGUUAUGCACAUUUAGAAAGCCUUACUGCCUUACUUUAAAAGAAUGGUAAAAAAAAGAAAAAACCUAUCUGUGGAAUUUCCUAAAGGUGUGUGUGCUAGUUUGUCUGUGCUGGAAACUGCAGCUGUAGCAUUCAUGCAGUUUGCAUGAACUUUCCUUAAAAAUAAAAAAAAAACUCAUUUGAAAAGCAAUCCUUUAAUUUUAAAGUGCUGUGAGUUGUUAGUUGCGAGUCAGAAGGGUCCUCCUGGGCCAUCUAGUCUGACCCUCGGUUCUGCUCACGACAUGCUUCCCAUGUGCAUGUCCAGCCUAUCCUUGAACGUCCUCACCGAUGGGGCCUCAGCCACCUCUUAUCUUCCAGCAAAAUUUAGUGACAGCUUUUCCUGCAUGCCCUCCGUGCUGGUUGUGUUUGUGAGUUAUGAAUAUGGAAAGCUUAAUGCAUACAUUUAUGAGAGUUUGGAAUCUCUUUCUGCAAGGUUGCUAUGGCUAAUAAUGGAAACAAAGACACAUUUCUGACACAAAUGAUGUCCCAAUUUCAAGGUAAAAAAAGAUGAAUUCUUCUUUCCUCGCCACAAACUCAGCACAUUCUUUAAUUGUUUUCCUGACCUCACCCCAGAUUUAUGCUGCCCAAUAAAUAUAAGCCGACUGGAUUGGAAGGAAUGCCAGGCCUCCAACUUAGUAUUACCAUACUAGAAACUUUAAUUUCUCACAAGCCUAUGAGCUGUCUCAUUAAUGCUGUCAUGAUAACCAGCUUUUACAAUGAUGAUUGCUCUUAAUUUAUUGUGCAAGGAAAUAUCUACUUCCCUGGUUUCUGGUGUUUGCAAACUAAUGUCAACUUUUAAAAAAUAAAGCACUAGUUUAUUGAAUAUGUCACUUUUGGUUUUUAUUAUACAAAAACCAUAAUCCUUAAAUUUUUGAAUCAUUUAUUCUUUAUAGUGACUCUUCUCUAUGAACAGAGAGGAGUCUAAUGAUCCUAGCUAUUAAAAUGCUAUUUAAUGUAAAAUAUUUCACUUGCGUUCUUCAGAUACUAUGUAAAUCUACUAUGUCCUCAUCUUUGUUCUGUACAUUUAAUGUACAUAUUUUCAUCUUGUGUGAUUUGUAUAUUUCACUGGUUUUUACAAAAAAAAAAGGCUUAUGCCAUAAUGGAAGAUAGACUAUAAAAAUAAAAUGUUGGUUAUAUA